AUGUCCAGUAGACCGCUACCACGUCGGGAACGCCUCGCAGUGCUACAGCCAACGGGCGAAGUGUUUGUAAACGGCCUCUCGUCCAGUUACGACGACGAGUUUCCAGCGUCCGAGCGACUGGCAGCGCUGAUGCCCCGCGACGACUUUGCAAAGGCCUUACGCGUGAUCAACGACGCUCUGACUGACCACUGGCCGUGUGUGCCGUGCAAGAGCUUUGGCUACGGCUGUUGCAUCUGCACGUUGGGGCUGUCGCUGUACUGCGCUGCAUCGCAAGUUCGAGAAGCGGAGAGCCGACUGCAGCUCCAGUUGAGUCGGUUGAACGACCAGAAGAAGUUCAAGGACAAAGGCAUUCAGUGGCAGCUGACGAGGACGUGGUGGUGGUCCGCGUCGUGCCUGGAGAUCUACGUCGAUCCUGUGGGUAUUGCAGACACGAGCACAGCGGCAGAAGCGGUCGUAGGACCGGUGACGAAGUGCAUGCUACACGAGUAG